GUCAUAUCUUCGUGGAAGUGGCCCAAAAAACAAAACCUUAACAAGGUAUUUACCCAAACUUUCAUAAGCACAUUUUUCCUUCAUUCCAUGAUCAAUUCAAGAAUCAAACAAGCUAUUGUAAAUCCUUCAAAACUAACAAUUCAAAAUCUUGUAGUAUUCACAACCCAAAAUUCUCAAUCCCAAUCAUACCACACUCAUCAUCAUUCUCACAGACCUGAAACUCAAAUCCCGCCUCAUAAACCCACAAGAAACCUUCUCCGCAAACCAAUACCACUCAUUGCGGACCUUAAACAAAUCCAAGACCCGAAUGAGGCUAUUUCACUCUUCCAUGAUUACAACCAAAUGGGGUUCAAACAUGAUUACCCUACGUACUCUUGUCUUCUUUACAAGCUUGCAAAAUCAAGAAACUUCCAAGCUGUUGAAACCCUUCUUGAGUAUCUCAAAAACCACUGCAUUCAUUGUAAAGAAACACUUUUCAUUGGGUUAAUUCAACAUUUUGGGAAAGCAAAGCUAGUUGACAAAGCUAUUGAGCUUUUUCACGAUAUGGGGUCGUUUAAUUGUUCGCGGAGCGUACAUUCUUUUAAUGCAAUUCUGAAUGUUCUUGUUGAUAAUGGGCGUUGUGGAGCUGCGAAUGAGAUGCUAACGGGUUGUUCGAAAAUGGGUAUUCGGUUGAAUUCGGUUUCGUUUAAUAUUAUGAUCAAGAAUUGGCUUGAGGAAGGUGAUUGGGAAAUGGCGCGCCAAGUGUUUGAUGAAAUGCUUGAGAGAGAAAUUGAGCCAACUGUGGUGACUUAUAAUUGUCAAAUUGGGUUUUUGUGUAAAAGCGGGGAUGUUGAAGGCGGUAAAAUAUUGUUUCAAGAUAUGGUUAGAAAGGGGAAGAAGGCGAAUGCGGUUACUUAUGGUUUGUUGAUGGAAGGUUUAUGUUGUUUGGGGAAGUAUAAGGAAGCUAAAAAGUUGAUGUUUGAUAUGGAAUAUCAAGGAUGUAAGGUGAAAAUAGUUAAUUAUGGCGUUUUGAUGACUCAUCUUUUGAAACGAGGCGAAAUUGGUGAGGCGAAUAGUUUACUUGUGGAGAUGAAAAAAAGGCGUAUUAAGCCCGACGUUGUGAUCUAUAACAUGUUAAUCAAUUAUUUUUGUAAGGAAGGUAAAACUGCUGAGGGGUAUAGGAUGUUAAUUGAUAUGCAAAUUGCGGGUUGCUAUCCAAAUGCAGCUACAUAUAGAAUGGUGGUUGAUGGAUUUUGUAAAACAGGAGAAUUUGAGGAAGGUUUGAAGGUCUUGAAUGCGAUGUUGAUGAGUAGGCAUUUCCCGCGUAUGGAAACACUAAGGUGUUUGAUUCUUGGUCUUCUUGAUAAAGGGAAGGUUGACGAUGCUUGCUUUGUUUUGGAGGAGAUGGAGAAGAGAAAGAAAGGGUUCGAUUUUGAUUCAUGGGAAGUCAUCGUCAAGGAUUCUUGCACUAGUGAUAGGAGUGCUACUCAGCUCUUAGAUGACCUUGUAUUUUAGCUAUUGCAUUUAUGUUGGUGAUUUCACCUGAACAACAUCAUAAUUUUGAGGUUUAAUCCUCCACAUAAGUAGUUCUCAUAUAUUUGUGUUUUGGUAUUCCUAUAAUUUGUGUGUAGUAAAAUGUUGAAAUUUGGACAAAAAAAGUCAUUUUUUCUAGUGCAUACAUUUCACAAUUUAAUGUAAAAGGAUUUUUUUUUUUUUUCCACAAA